UCAAACAGCCAAACACGGCACUAAGAGAUACUCUCCAAUCUUCUUCUUCUUCUCUCUCAACUGUAAAACAGCAAAAAUGGCGGCUUCUGCUCGACGAUCAACCGGACCGGUUCUCCGUUCACUGUCCCCCGCCGGGAGAUUUUACUCGUCGACAUCUAGAACGUCGUCGUCUUCUGCUUCGUCGAUCCGGUUCACACUGGACCGUGAAACUUCCCCGAGCCGGUCUAUUUCCGUAAUGAACCGGCAGAAAACAAUGGCUUCUUCUCAGAAGAAGACGUGUAUGUGUUCGCCGACGAAUCAUCCAGGUUCGUUCCGUUGUAGUAUGCAUAAGAAAAUGGAUAAUCGACGGAGUAGUAAUACUAGCCAAACGGCGUCGAAUUCGAUCCGAUUGCAUAUGAGGCGAUCGGCGAUGACGAAUUCGUUAGUGAGAAUAGGAACUGUUGAAGGUGAGCUUGUUAAAAGAGCUUUAGCGGCUUUGAUUCGUCCUUCUUCUCAUCAACAGCGCCGCCGUUCCAAUUUCCAACGCCGACCUAGCCGGCUUUCCGUUAUUUCCAGUUCCGGUGAUUCAUAAGACUGUUAUCCGAUCUCUAGAAACUUCUGUUGAAUGCUGACGUCAGCAUCAAAACCGACUUUCAGCGCCGAUCUAGCCGGAUUUCCAUUAUUUCCGGUGCCGGUGAUUCGAAAGACGUGAAUAGAGCUGUUAGAAGUUUUGCUUUUCUGUUGAAUGCUGACCUCAGCAAUCGAUGUCUGGCCGUGAAGUGACGUCAGCUGCAACAAGGUGGCGGCAAAUGGAGUAUAUACGGUGGACGUCGGAACGAACGAUUUUUAUGUGUACUCCGGGGACCAAAACGUUAAGAUCCAUAUGUCUAUAGUCUAAAUACAUGAAGAAAAUUAUAAAAUCAUCCAGUUUUCCUAA